AUGAAGAGUAUAAUGUUUCCGACAGGAGUAAAGGAGCCUCAACGUGAGCCAUCGUCCUCUUCACCUAGCUAUCCUUUUGGGGCCUCCCCAAUCGCCGCUCGUCGAGCCACUUUGGAGCAACGACGGCGUCCUGCUGCCCGCUUCAUGGAAGGCUUUUCACCCGGCUCCACAAGACGAACAAAAGAGCCGAGCGAUGACGAAGAGGACGGCCAAGAUAGCGAUGAAAGUGACGAUGUGGAUAGCCCAGGAGAACAAUCACCUUUGCUCCCUAUCUUCUCUGCCGAACAUUUGGGUCUGCAAGCCAUGGUUGACGUCCGUUGCUUCGAGAGUUCACGGAUCGAGAGCUCAUUGGUAAGCAGGCUCAGAAAGCUUGACGGCCCCUUCUGCAAUGCUGAAGAUAUCUUGAUAGAUGCUCUAUCAUACGAUUUCUACCCUUUGCAAGGAAUGGCUUCAGAUGAUGGCCCCAUGACGCCCGGCCCAAACUGGGAUCAAUCGCAAAAGGCUAAGACUCAUCCGCGAGCUGCUCGAAUUUCUACGCUGGAAGUUGCUAUCCGUGCACAAGCUAAACGUUUCCUUGCCCAUCCACUCGUAGUCCAACAACUUGAGGCAAUCUGGGCAGGCAAUAUUGUCUUCCACCAUUCUGCGGACACUCUUCAUAGAGCACCAGUCAAGGUGACUCCUAAUCAGAACAGAGGCUAUGGAAAGUUCAGGUCAGGCGCCCCGACUCUUCAAGCAUCUGAGGAUCACUUGCAGCCCGCUAAGCAAAGAGAACACCGUCCACCCACAGCAUUUGCAGUGCGACGAUCCGUGACACUUUACGAUCCUCGGCAAGCGUCAUUAUUUAAACUGUCUCGCCUACGAGUCCCAAGGUACCGGCAAUUUUUGUCUACCUGCUCAUUCGCGAUUCUUUUAGGUCUUUACUUGGCUGUACUCAUCGAGCGCUCUCUUUCAAUAUCGGCUCUUGAGGUUCUAUUUUGGAUCUGGAGUGCGGGUUUCCUACUUGACGAGGUUGUCGGCUUCAAUGAGCAAGGCUUUAGCCUAUACAUCAUGAGCUUCUGGAACACCUUUGACUUAGGUAUCCUGUUCUUGUUAGUCUGCUAUUACUGCUUGCGACUGUACGGUAUUAUCAUGCCUGAUGGUCGAAAGAACGAGAUCGCCGAUCUAGGGUACGACUUUCUUGCUGCUAACGGGGUGCUGCUGUUCCCUCGACUUUUUUCUGUCCUCGAUCACUACCGUUAUUUCUCGCAGCUACUGAUCGCCUUUCGAAUGAUGGCUAUGAACCUAGUAGCAGUUUUCAUUUUGAUCAUUAUAAGCUGUAGCGGUUUCUUCGUUGCUUUUACACUAUCCUUUGGCACGGGAGACGGUUACGACGCACCGUCUGUUGCGUAUAUCUUGUUUCAGAUUUUGAUGGGGUUCACGCCAGGUGAGACUACGUUCGCAGCCUCGCAUCAAUUUCUACUAGCCGUCAACACCAUUUCAAUGGUCAAGUCUGACGCGUUAUUUUCAUACGUUGCGCCAACUAACGUGAUAGCGUGGUUACUCACCCCUUUGAGAUACCUACUUCCCUUUCGGCAAUAUGUUCGGAUCAAUCGGACAGUCAUAAAGGCUACACAUUUCCCCAUUCUGUUCGUCAUAUAUGCCUAUGAACGUACAAUAUUACGGGGAACGCUGUUUGAAGGCAUGGAUCUAGUCCAGGAUCGAGGUCGCUCAAAGCCGAGCAACAAGACUUUUGACAGCGCAACAGGAGGUUUGCAUAUUUUUAGUCCAAGACAAGGUCGAGUUCGUGAAGCAUCAGUGGCCACCUUUCACAAAGAUAAAGCUCUCGAGGAGGUCUUUCGGAGGCCAUUCAAAGAUGAAACAAUACGAGAGACCCAGAGGAGCCAAAAGCCGCGCAAUAACAGUAAUGUAGUAAGCCACUGGAUGUCGAGCAUGGAUCCUAACGGCACUGUCCAUCCUCCUAUGGAACAAGAUCAACGCAUUCUAGAUAGGCUAGAAGCACGUGAUGUCGUGCAUCGUCGCUCACAGUUGGCUAUGCGGAGAAGGCAGGGUGAGAGCACGAGAGAUCUCACAGAAGCAGCAACAAUAUCCGUUGUCUCGGAUCCUGAAGAAUUCCUAGCACGAGGCUCAAGUCGAUCAUUUCUCCUUCCUGGCAGGCAGACUUCUGGCGUUCCGAGAGCUCCCGUAGCUGACGUGAUGGAGACAGAAGCAGAUGGUGAUGACGAGUUGGUUACGAAUGAGGAAGAGGAUCUCAUCACGCUUGACCCCAGAAGCAGUAGCCGCCCUGGAAUAGAUAGGAGAGCCACUUUGCGACAAGAUGGCGGAAGCGAUUUACCGGAACGCCCAGCGACGCCCACUCGAGUCACUCGAUUCUUCUCACCCGUCACUCCAUCUAAUUAUGUACAAUCUUCAUCCCCUCAAACUUCAGCACUCAACAGUAAGAAAGGAACGCCACCAAGACAGAUCCGGCACCACAGUCGCAUGCCUUCCACAACCACUGUUGUGUAUGACCCUCCCGCGCAACGAACUUCUUCUAGUAGCUCUUCUACACGGCGGAAAAUGCCCUUCAAAUCUGGUAGAGCUACUGGUGUAGCAACCCCGAACAGGCUUUCCACCUCGAGCGGGCGACAUACCCCAAAGCAUAUCGGAAAGGCCAUACCGCGACCGAUCAUGCCUCCUCGUACCGCUUUUCAUUCUGUCCCUGACCUAGCGGGGAUGUUGUCAUUACCUAAGCACGGUCGAGGUCACCGUCGUUCAUCGCUUACAGCUUUCGAACUCGGUUCCGACAUUGGCGAUAACAAGGCUAUCGAGGGCGGCUUCAUGAAUACAGGGGUCGUUCCUGCUAGUUUCGCCACUCAAUUGGAAUAUGCGAAAGCAGGUAUGAAGGCGCGACGGGCCGCUCAAAAGCAAGAAGAACAGGAAGAUCAAGAUCGUAUCAGCAAACUUGUGCUAGCGCGGAUGAACUCACUUGAAGAAGGGUUCCGGGAGAUCAUCAAGGAAGUUCAAGGUCUUAGGAGCGGAGAACAAGGGAGGUUCUAA